AUGGUGUCUCUGCCUCUUCGCACAAUGGUUUUCUUCGAUCUUGACAACACAUUGUUCGAUCACCAAAAGUCUCUUCGCAAUGCCUUACUCACCGUACAAACGGUAUUCCCGCUUCUUCGUGGAACCCCGGAGGACGUGCUUACCGAGAAGUACAACGAAGCCCUCAAUGUUGUUUACGGGCGCUAUCUCCGAAAUGAGAUAGCACACGAGGACCAAGAUUCAGAAAAGGUCAAGCUCUUCUUCAAGAGUCUAGGCCUCGAAGAACCAGACGCCAAACGUAUUGCGCAUUUUCGGAGUGUGUACAAAGCGGGAUACAGAAUGCAACGAAGCGCUAUGCCAGGAAGCAUACAGAUCCUAACUAGUCUUCGGAAGAAUGGUUAUCGCACCGCUAUCAUCACGAAUGGCCCGACCGAGAGCCAAAUAGAAAAGGCCAAAGCCAUUCGUGUCUUUGAUCUCGUUGAGUGCGUCAUCACAUCGGAAGAGGCUGGCCAUCCUAAGCCUGAUGUCAGCAUCUUCCACCAUGCGUUAGAAAAGCUGGGGGUGGAACCAGAUAACGCGUAUAUGGUUGGCGAUUCUGUCGAAGCUGAUAUCAAGGGUGCUCUCGAUGCAGGAAUAACGCCUAUCCUAUACUCUCCUUCUUUAAAAAGCUCAUCGAAAGUGUUGUUUGGAAGGGAAGUCCCGGUGAUUAGUCAGUUUGACCAACUACCCGUGAUUUUGGAGCUUCCGAUGCAUACGACAUUGAACUAG